GUGUGUGGAGUCACACCCAGUUCACACACACAUGCUUGUGUCUCCAGAGGCGAGAGAGAGAGAGAGAGAGACGCGCUGCUGCGGCUCGGAACAUCUUCACCCGGCGUGAUUCAUGAUCAAGUGUUCAGGAGGAGCGGCGUCAUCAUGGCCUCGAUCUCGCAGUGGUACGCGGGGAAGAACGUGCUGAUCACCGGAGCCACGGGCUUCAUGGGGAAGGUGCUGGUGGAGAAACUGCUGCGCUCCUGUCCCGACGUCAAAGCCCUCUACAUCCUCGUCCGGCCCAAGGCGGGUCAGUCCAUGUCCGAGCGCGUCCAGGACAUGAUGAAGUGUAAGCUGUUCGACCGCGUGCGUGAGGUUAAUCCUGACUUUCAUCAAAAGAUCAUCCCCAUCAGCAGCGAGCUCACGCAGCCCGGCCUGGCCAUCAGUCCAGAGGAUGUACAAACACUCACUUCCUGUAUCAACAUCGUCUUCCACUGCGCCGCCACCAUCCGCUUCGAUGAGCCCCUGAAGCAUGCGCUGCAGCUGAACGUCAUCGCCACGCAGCAGCUCCUCUCUCUGGCGCAGCAGAUGCAGCACCUGCAGGCCUUCAUCCACAUCUCCACCGCCUACGCCAACUGCAACCGCAGACACAUCGACGAGGUCAUCUACCCUCCUCCGGUCGAGCCCAAGAAACUCAUCGACUCUCUGGAGGGGAUGGAUGACAGUAUCGUCUGUGACAUCACACCCCGUCUGCUCGCUGACCGGCCCAACACUUACACCUACACCAAAGCACUGGCCGAGUGUGUGGUGCAGCAGCAGAGCGGCAAACUCAACAUCGCCAUCAUACGACCGUCUAUCGUGGGAGCCAGCUGGCAGGAGCCGUUCCCCGGCUGGAUAGACAACUUUAAUGGACCAAGUGGUGUUUUCAUUGCUGCUGGGAAGGGCAUCCUGCGCACCAUGAGAGCCAGUAAUGACGCGGUGGCCGAUCUGAUUCCUGUAGACGUGGUUAUAAACCUGACGCUGGCCGCCGGCUGGUACACCGCGGUGCACAGACCGAAAACUGCACUCGUGUACAACUGCACAACCGGAGGCAUUAACCCUUUCCACUGGGGCGAGAUCGAGCAUCACGUGAUGUCCACGUUCAAGAGGAAUCCUCUGGAACAGGCUUUCCGUCGGCCAAACGCCAACAUCACCUCCAAUUACCUGAUCUACCAGUACUGGAUCCUCGUCAGUCACAAGUUCCCCGCGCUCAUCUAUGACCUGUUCCUCCGACUGUCCGGACAGAAACCACAAAUGAUGCGCAUUUUCAACCGUCUGCACAAAGCCAUCGGUCUGCUGGAGUACUUCAGCAGUCAGGACUGGACUGACUGACAGUCUGUGUGGCCAAACUCUGCUGAACUCUUCCUCGUGAUCUUUCAGACCUUCAACUUUGACGUCCGUCAGCUGAACUGGCCCGAGUACAUCGAGAAUUACUGUAUCGGCACCAAGAAGUACGUUCUGAACGAGGACAUGUCAGACAUUCCCGCAGCCAGACAGCACCUGAGGAAGCUGAGAAACAUCCGAUACACGUUCAACACGGUGCUGCUGGUCUUCAUCUGGCGCGUCUUCAUCGCUCGCUCUCAGAUGGCCAGGAACAUCUGGUACUUCGUCGUGAGCUUGUGCUUCAAGUUCCUGUCCUACUUCAGGGCUUCCAGCACUCUGACCCAAUGACCGGAGCAACAGGAAGUGUGUGUCCUCAUCCUCCGAGCACUUCCUCUUCCAGAGGUGUCUUCAGCCAUCCACACACACACACACACACACACACACACACAGGUGUUUCUUUAGCUUUCCUCACCGGCCGCUCGCUCCACCUGACUCCUCCAUGUGCUGUUUUUAAAGGUGUCUUCUUUUAUAACGACUGUCCUUAAUACCGAUUAUAUAUGCAACAGUUUCUCCUUUACAUUCUCGUCGCCAUCCAAAAUCCAGAGACGCUGCCUUUGUGUCUUCUGAUGAAACACUGUCUUCUCGACUACAGACAGUGUUUCGGACCACUGGAUCUUCGAGGUGUCCAUGACUUACCGCUCAAAGCUUUGCUGUUUUCAGCCAUUUCUCUCUCUUUGUGAGUGUGUGUUUGUCUUUUAACGGUUCGUUUGUGUCCUGUCUGUUCUAAUACCAUGUAAUCAAGCCGGAAAACUCUUUCGGUUGGUGUUUUGUGUUUUUUUUUCUUGUUUAGUUUGCUGCGUUCGGAGGGAAAGGCCUGUGAACGCCAACAGAUCUGA